AUUCACUGUACAUAGAACAGAGACAGGUUUUGGUAACUCCAAUGGUAUUGCAGUUGAGUUCUUGGAAACUGGAGUUUGAUUGAGACCAGACCAGUAAUAGAACAUCAAUAUUCAUUCUUUCUUUAAGGUUUAUUUAUAUUUUGCUUUUGUUCUUGUUCUUGUUGUUGUUUCCAUUAAUUGUUUGGUUUUGUUUAUGCUUGAUAAUCAUAGUAAAAACUUGUACAGAAAUCGUUGAUUUUGGUUCAAAAGUUGACCUUUUUAUAACAAAACCCAUAUGGGCUGUCAAUUCUCUCUCAUGCUGUGCCGCCCAUAUUUAUGCUUCAGAUCUUCUCUUCAUAUUCUCUGCUUUAAUUUUUAUUCUCCUUUCGGUAUCUUCUUCAAUAUCGUUACUUUCUUUUAUUGCCAUUCAUUUAUUCUGCCUUAUCUAUCGAUUGGUUUGUUUCUUUUUAAUGUUAUUGAUGAACGUUGUCUGGUUUCUGUAAUGGGAAGAUUGAUAAUAUUACUCUGAUCUCACCAAACAUGAAUCAAGAAACCAAUAAGAAGUCAUUCUUUCAAAAAAUAUUCUUGACAAAAGACAGGAAUGGUCCAAUCGAAAAGAAAAUGGAUGAAGAAACGUUUGAUAUCUCUGAAGCACCUUCUGAUUCAGCACUUGAGUCUCUGUUCUUCAGCAGUGUACCAAUGCCAAAUCACAGUGUCCAGUCCUUCCGGGUUUUUGUUGCAACGUGGAAUGUUGGAGGGAAAUCUCCUCAUAGCAGCCUCAAUCUGGACAAUUUUCUUCAAGUUAACAAUCAGUCAGAUAUAUAUGUUUUAGGUUUUCAGGAAAUUGUCCCAUUAAAUGCUGGUAAUGUGCUAGUUAUAGAAGAUAAUGAACCAGCUGCAAAAUGGCUGACUCUGAUUAAUCAGUCGCUGAACAAGUCACAUAGUGUGGCUUCUAGAGGACUGAAAUCUGCCCCCUCUUUCAGCAGCUCGCUCUUCUUCCAGAAACCUUCUCUUAAAAAGGUCAGUAAGACUUUCAGGACAGAGAGUAAAAGGAGGCUGAAGACUUGCAACUGCACACCUGAGCUGGAAAAGAAGAACUGUAAGGAAUUCUGUUUUGGAUGCCAGCAAUCAAAUGUUAGUGAAGAUGAUUAUUCAUCAGAAGAUGAUGAAGAUCUGCCUGGUAACUUUGACAUGGCUGAUAUGACCAUCCGUACCAGUCAAAUGAAAUAUGGCCUUGUAGCAAGCAAGCAAAUGGUGGGAAUAUUUGUCACUGUUUGGAUGAGAAAGGAACUUGUGCCAUAUGUAGGUCACUUGAGGAUCUCCUGUAUUAGUCGUGGAAUCAUGGGCUGCCUUGGGAACAAGGGGUGUAUUUCUGUCAGCAUGUCUUUUCAUCAGACAAAUUUUUGUUUGAUAUGCAGUCAUUUAGCAUCCGGAGAAAAAGAGGGUGAUGAACUUCGGAGAAAUUCAGAUGUCACUGAAAUCAUUAGAAACACACAAUUCCCAAAGAUUUGCAGAACUCCUAGCAGUAGGGUGCCUGAGAAAAUUCUGGACCAUGAUCGGGUUAUAUGGUUUGGGGAUUUGAACUAUCGGAUAGCAUUGAGUUACUCUGACACUCGAAAGCUCCUGGAGCAGAAUGACUGGGAUACACUACUAGACAAAGAUCAGCUCAAGAUUGAAAAGGAUGCUGGGCGAGUCUUCAGGGGAUGGAAAGAGGGAAAAAUUUACUUUGCUCCUACAUACAAAUAUUCGUAUAAUUCAGAUGUGUAUGCUGGAGAGACUAUAGAAACCAAAAACAAACGGAGAACUCCAGCUUGGUGUGAUAGAAUACUCUGGCAUGGAAAUGGAAUUCAGCAGCUUUCUUACAUACGUGGGGAGUCCCGUUUUUCUGACCACCGACCUGUAUGUGCGAUGUUUUUGGUAGAUGUUGAGGUGGUUGAGGGAGGAUUAAGAAGGAAAUUAUCUGGCAGUAACAUGAAAGUUGGAGUUGAGGAGCUUUUACCGUUUACCAGAAAAUGAUUGCAGCAAUAACAUGUACUAAUAUCGCAAGCAUAGCCCUUACGAGAUUGGAAGUGUCAGUGAGCAAUCUGUACAGGCCAUUCUGCGACUGUAUAAGGUGUAAGAAGAAAAACUACUACAGUCAAGGCACAUGAACAUUGAAUAUUAGGUGAAGAUGACAAAAUUUGUCGAAGUAUCGAUGACUUACUGACUAGCACAUACAAUUUGUGCAUAACCGGAUUGGUAGAUAGCGAAGAAAAAUGUUUCCAAACUUGUGUAAAGAAAUUGUUUUUGAAUGCUAGACGGAAAGAUAAAUCUAGUGAAUAUAGAACAGUUUUGUGCAUUGGCAGAGAUGAGAUGAAGAAAAUCAAAUUUUGUUGCAAGUUAUGAAAUGCUGGCUCAAGUGAAUUUCUGAGUAUACCGCCAAGGUUUUAGAAAUAACAUAGCUCACCCUGUCACUAGUGAGACAUUGAUGAACUGUUAGGAUUUAUAAGAUAAUGGGUUUAGUCUAGUAAGUUAAUGGUGUAAAGGCUAUUAUCAUUAGCAUUAGUCAAAUUUGUGAUAAGAAUCAUGUUAUUUAGUUUUCAAAAAUCAAUUGCAAAAUUAUGAAUGAUUAAGGCAUGUGUA